AUGGCUGAGCUAGCUAUUGGGAGUAUAUCGUUCUUCUUCCAAGUGUUCGCGGGAUGCAUACAAGGCUACGAACUUAUUGCUGAUGCCUGUCAUCUGCAAAAGGACUGCCAGGCUCUUCUCGUCAACUUCAAAAUCGAGCAACAACGACUACUCAACUGGGCGAGAACCGUGGGGUUAGACUACCGCGACGAUAAUCUAGUCUUGAACCACAUGUCCAGGGGAUUGAUGAUCAACAUCAUGGAGCAGCAGCAGAAGCUUCUUUUCUCAUUUGGUCGGAUGAACAAAAAGUACGAGAAGCUCUCAGAUCCCCUUCUGGUGGAGGAGGCUCAGGAGUUUGUCCUGCGAAACUCUGAUAUGCUCAUUGAAAAUGGGACGAAUGGUUCCCAGGAUAAGGAUGACUCCGAGUACAACGGUCUAGCAGACAGUGGCGCCAUCACUGCCCACGGUGCAGCACACCAACCCCUUGCAGCCCUGGCUCAACAAAACUUCAUCCACCUUGCUAUAGAAGACUCUCAAAUAGAUCUCACGGCAAGCUACGCCCAAAAGAUCAAUAUGCCCGAUCUACCCAAAGAUAUCCACGACACCCAGCUUUCCUUCGAUGAUAUCCACCCCAAGCACGGCGACGAGUUCCCUGAGGACAUUGAAGAAGGCUCCCGCACCGAAGCCUUCUACCACAAAACCCCUGUUUGGAUCGAAUGGAAAACCGUUGAAACAUUCGGGCCCCGACGAGAUCACUCCACCAUGGAAGCCAAAAUCCACGCUCGCGUCAAGAAACUCGCCGCUCUUCUCAGCAAAAAUAACCGCACCGUACGCUUCCGCGCCCCUUUUUGCCGCGGCUACUUCAUCGACACGGACGAAAGCCGGUUCGGCCUCGUCUUCGAGAAACCCGCGUCAAUCUCGCCAACCACAGAACCUACAUCUCUACAUACACUGCUUACAAAACCCGACGUGGACGUGCCAUCCUUGACCUCCCGUAUAACGCUCAUGCGCCUCCUCGCCGAAACAGUCGAGCGCUUACACGCCGUAGACUGGCUUCACAAGGGUCUCCGCUCCGCUAAUAUCCUCCUGUUCCCGCAUAACAACCCGACAGGUGAGAUGAACUACACCGACCCCUUCAUCAGCGGUUUCGACUACUCCCGCCCCGCUACAAACGACGAGCUGUCGGAAACACCAUCCGACGAUCUGGCUGGCGAUUUAUACCGCCACCCGUCCGUGCAAUCUCGCCACAACCGCGAAGAUGCCGGCGGUCGCGAAUCCUACAAAAAGUCAUUUGAUCUCUACUCCCUUGGUAUAGUGCUGCUCGAAAUCGCGUAUUGGAAACCGAUCGAUGUGAUUCUGGGUAUCGAUCUGGAUGAGGCGGUGCCGAGGGAUACUAGACAUGUGCAGAGGAGGUUGCUGAACGGGGAACCGAGGCAUUUGGGAUGGGUGAGGAGUUUUGUGGGGGAUACGGUGGAGGCGGUUGUGAGGGCUUGUUUGAGUGGACCGGAGGCGUUUGGGCUUGAUAAGGGUGCGGACGAGAAGAGGGAGGUUGUCGCUGCUAUGUUGCAGAGGGAGUUUGGGGAGAGGGUUGUGGGGAGGUUUGCGGGGAUGAAGGGAUUGUGA